AUGGAAACGGAUCUGCACAACGUGAUCAAACGCGGGAACAUCCUCAGGGAUAUACACAAGCGCUACAUCAUGUACCAGAUGCUGAAGGCGACCAAGUAUAUCCACUCGGGGAACGUUAUACACAGGGACCAGAAACCGAGCAAUGUCCUCAUAGACAGCGCUUGCAGGGUGAAGCUAGCGGACUUUGGACUAGCGCGGUCGGUGUCUAGCGUGUAUUCUGGCGGGGAAGAAGGUGCAGACCCUUGUCUUACAGACUACGUUGCCACACGCUGGUACAGAGCCCCGGAGAUACUAAUCGCCAGUAAAAACUAUACAAAAGGCAUCGAUAUGUGGUCGCUUGGCUGCAUCCUGGGCGAGAUGCUCACCGGAAGCCCCCUGUUCCCUGGGACGUCCACUGUGAAUCAGAUCGAGAGGAUAAUGGCUGCCUUGCCCAGACCAUCUUCAGAAGAUAUUACAUCCGUAUGCAGUGGGUACGGAUCGUCCUUGAUCCGCGAGCAAGCCGCUUCAAGUUCGGGUGCGGUAUCUCUAGUUUCUUUACUCUCUUGUGCACCACGAGAUGCUGCAGAUUUGGUCCAUCGCUUGCUGGUGUUCAAUCCUGCGAAGCGCCUCAGCGCUGCAAGGGCUUUGGACCAUGAAUAUGUUGCCAAGUUCCACCGCGAACGCGAUGAACCAACGCUACCUUCAGACGUUCUCCUGCCUUUGAGAGAUGACAAGCAGAUGUCGGUGGAUGACUAUAGAAACAAACUGUACAGCAUUAUGGCCAAGGGAUCAAAUGGAAGUAAUGGGACAAUGAGAAAGAGUCUGUCCAGCAAACCCCACGCUCUACAAUCAACGGUCCACAGCAAUACUAAAAGCAGUAAAAGUUUCCACGAAGCCACAGAAAUUACUAGAACGUACAAGUCCAAACAGCUAAGCGUAUCUGCAGACCAAAAGGCUAGACCGAAGACCAUGAAAGCUCCAGAAAGACCGGAGAGACCGUUAAAAGAAUACCGAUCGGAUCAGGCCAUUCCGAAACCAAUGCGAGCAACUAAACUCUUUGAAAGUAGAAGCCAUGAUUGGGAAAGUUCCCACUGUCACGGUGACUAUUUGCAAACGAGGCAAAGUCCCCCAGAGGGAUUGAUAAGUGGGGGGAAAAAGAUGGUGCAAAGUAGAAGAAACUCUACAUCGUUUUCCACUAUCACCAUAGGAGGGGACGCUGAAUAUAUGGGAAGGACAUUAAAUCAAAAGCACGGGGUGAUAACAGCGAGUGCCUUGAUGGACCUUCGUACAAGCAUACGGUAA